AUGUCGAUUCCUGACCUUGCGGCGAUUACCGUAGCUUCGCGAAUGUCGGAGUUCUGGACGCAUCAGCCGAGAAUGUGGUUUAUACGAACUGAAGCGGUACUGGCACCUCAAAAACUAGGAGACGCCUCAAAAUUUGAUUUGGUAGUGUCAAAACUAGGAAUUGACGCUUUAAGCCAAGUCACUGAUUUUUUAAUUAACCCGCCUGAAACCAACAAAUAUGAAGCCCUCAAGAAGUUAAUAUCUAUUUAUGAAGAUUCUAAAAAUAGACAGAUUGAAAAAUUAAUCAGUGAAAUGCAACUUGGGGAUCAAAAGCCUUCACAGUUGUUGCGUCGCAUGAAGGAUUUGGCGCGUGACAAAGUACCUGAUGACACAUUAAGGGUGCUCUGGCAGAACCUGUUACCAACAACGGUACGUAGUUUGCUGGUAGUCACAGAAAACAAAGACCUCGAUAAAUUAGCUGUAGUCGCGGAUGACGUAUUUGAAGCAAUUAAAGUUAAUUCCAUUGCUGAGGUUAAUCAACAACCUCAACCAUCGUCAUUAUCUUCAGAAAAUACGAUACUAGCGGAAAUCGCUAAAUUGAGUACUAGACUUGCGCAAGUGGAGAAGAGAACUAGUGAAAACAGAUCCCGAAACAACAACCGCAAUCAACGCGCGCACACGGGACGAGGCAGGAGCGUUACAAGAUCAGCGACGAGGAACCCGAAUUGGUUGUGUUUUUACCAUUUCCGGUACGCAGGAAACGCGAAGAAAUGUGUAAAACCUUGCGCUUGGGAAAAUAAGUCGGAAAACUAG